ACACUAAACAGGCGUUUCAAAUCGUAAGAUUCGAAAAAAAGGAAAAUCUGUUAAUGACAACAUAAUAGUGGAACGAAGUUAAUAUUCAAUUUAUUAAGAGAAUAGACAGAAUUAUAACGUAAUUGUAACAGAGAAAUAUCAUCAUAAAUAAUAUAAAUAAAGUACAUUGAAACUCCAAUGUUCUCCAGUAGAGCAAGAUUAACAAAACGCACAGGAAAAAAUCCCACUGGACGUUAUGAUUUUUUAAAGCUUUUAGUCACCGAGUAUACAACAACAUCAUCUAAAGACGCACAGGAGCAAGUAUUAGCAAAUUUGGCAAAUUUUGCGUAUGAUCCUGUAAACUAUGGAUACAUGAGACAAUUAAAAGUAAUUGAUAUAUUUCUCAAUGCUUUAUCUCAAAGCAAUCCAAAGUUAGUACGUUUUGGUAUUGGUGGUCUCUGCAAUUUAUGUUUAGAUGGAAUAAAUAAAUUAUAUAUUCUGCGCAAUCAAGGUGUCGAGUUAAUAUCAUCAUUACUUUCUUCCGAAGACGAAGAUGUUUUGCUUGGAGUAAUUACUACCUUAAUGUUUUUGAUAACACCUGAAUCAGUAAAUGAGAUAACAUCACCUAGAAUAAUUAAACGCAUAACCACCAAAAUACGAUCAUUCGCUGAUACAACAAUGAACAAUUUGAGAGAAGGAGAUCAAGUGUCGGUUCUGAAAAUAAUAACAAAUGAUGAUAUACUCAAGUUUGCUGAAUUAACAGGCGAUCAUAAUCCAAUACAUACUGAAUCAGCAAGAAAUAUUGCGCAUGGUGCUUUGCUCAAUGGCCUAGUGUCAGGUUUAAUUGGUACAAAAUUACCUGGUGCAGGUACUAUAGUUAUCGAGCAAAAUAUUACUUUUCCUAAACCAUGUUAUGCUGGCGAUACUGUAGAAGUUAUAGUUAAAAUUACAUCAAUCAAAAUGUAUUUAAUAUUAGUGAUGAUGGCUCUUUGUAUAUCAUAUUCUUAUGCAGAAAAUAAUAGUACUGUUACAAAUAUUAAGUCAUCUACGAAUACAAAACAGCCAACUGGCUGCGUCUGCGCUAUAUUUUUAAGCGGACAAUUUAAGAAAGGCAGCAAGGAACAACCCAAAGGAUAUCCUGCACUUAUCCAUGAAUAUCCUGAUUCAAUUCCAUGUACUACUAUUGGGAACAAACUUUGUGUCAACAAAUGUCUUGAAAUUAUAGUGAAACAUUUACCAAACAGUCAAGCAGUUCUAUGUGCUUCUAUAGAUCGUGAUUGUCACAAAGAAAGAGCUUAUCUUUUCUUCAAAAAUUGUAAAGAUGAAUGGAUAAACACGAACCUAUCAGCCGGUAGAGAAUAUUGCUGCAAAGAUGGCAUGCCAUAUAAAUGUUAA